AGCAAACAUUUUUCUUACAAAAAAAAAACAACCUGUCAUUUUAAUGUGUAGUUUAUAAGAAAGAUUAAUCACAAAGAGACCUCAAUUUAACUUGUUUAGACACAGAAGAAGAAAUAAAAUAAAAUGACAGAAAAAGAGACCAAAAAAAUUGUAGAAAGCAAAUCAACGGAUGGUGAUGCACCAUCAUCAUCAUCCACCAUCAUCAAGGAGAUAUCAACGGCUGUUACUCCACCACCGGCGCCGGCAACUCCUAAGGCUACCGUUGCCGUCGUUGAAAUUGAAGAGGCUGAAAUUCAGAGGAUUAAGCAAUCAGUUGACAGGGAUGUUGCAUUGGCACAUGUUGAGCAGGAAAAGAGGUUGUCUUUUAUCAAGGCUUGGGAAGAAAGUGAAGAAACUAAAGCAGUCAACAAGGCUGAGAAGCUGAUGUCUGCUCUGAACGCAUGGGAGAACAGAAAGAAAGCAUCCAUAGACGCUAAACUCAAGUAUAUCGAGGAAGAGCUGGAAAAGAAGAAGGCUGAAUAUGCAGAAAAGAUGAAGAACAUGGUAGCUCUAGUCCACAAGCAAACAGAAGAGAAGAGAGCAAUAGUUCAAGCAAAAAAAGGAGAAGAUAUCCUCAUGAUCAAGGACAAGGCUGCUAAAUACCGAGCCACUGGAUAUACCCCAAAGAAGAUCCUUGGUUGCAUCUCAUUUUAGAUCUUCCUCAGCCAGAAAUAUAUAGUUACUUCAAGAUAAUGCAGUUUCAAAGGUGUAGCACUAAGCUAGAUUGCACAACUUAAGUUUGUUUUUACGGCGUAAACAAGUUGUGUGAGAGAUCAGUGUAAUAGUACUGGUGAUUGAUUGUUAAAAUUUUGGUUACAGUUGGGUUCUGAGACUUGGGUA